GACCUGGCGCCAGCGCCGGGCAGCCCUCGGAGGGGCUGCUGGAUCCCGUCUACCCACGCACCCAGGGGGCGCUUCUGAAAGUGGCCCAAAUGCACUUCUGUGACUUCUACUGGCUGUGGACUGCAUGAGAAGGAUGCUGGGAAACCCUCAAGCCUCACAAUGGAGGUAGUGACUUUUAAAGAUGUGGCUGUGAACUUCACUGUGGAGGAGUGGGCAUUGCUGAGUCCAUCCCAAAAGAAGCUCUACAGAGAUGUGAUGAGGGAAACCGUUAUGCACGUGGCUGCUAUAGGAAGAACAUGGGAUAACCAGCAGAUUGAAGAAGAAUACAAAAAUAACAGGACAAAUCUAAGAAAUGAAGAGGUAGAGAAAUGCUAUCCAUAUAGUGCUUGGAAGCAACAUGAAGAAAUAUUCCUUUGGACUACAGAUGCUAGUGUGAGCGUGAAACAAACUGGUUUAAAACCACCUGAAAACCUAGCCUGUAGAAAAUCCCUGAUUGGUCAUUUAUCACUAAAUGGGCCCAUCAGGCCUCACACUCGACUGAAGCCAUAUGAGUAUUUAGGAUUUGAAGAGACACUGCAUAAAUGUAAUAGAGAUGAAAGAACUUGCAGUGAUUUCCAGUCCUUUCAGAAACAUGCAAGGACUACUGUGGGAGAAAAACCGUAUCAACAUGAGCAGUGUGGGAAAACCUACUCUGAUUUUAGUGAAAGAGCUCACCCUGGAGAGAAGACCAUUGUAUGUAAGAAAAGUGUGAAAGCCUCCACCAAACCUAGUGACGUUCAGAUCCAUGAAAGAAAUCACAGUGGGGGGAAUCAAUGUGUAUGUAAGCAAUGUGGGAAAGCUUUCAGUACACACACUAGUUAUCAAGAACAUGAAAGAACUCACACUGGGGAGAAACCCUAUAUAUGUAAGCAAUGUGGGAAAACCUUCAGGAGACACAGUCAUUGUCAAAGACAUGAAAGAAAUCACACUGGGGAUAAACCUUAUGUAUGCAAGCAUUGUGGGAAAGCCUUCACUACACACAGUUACUGUCAAAUACAUGAAAGAAUUCACACUGGGGAGAAGCCCUAUGUAUGUAAACAAUGCGGGAAAGCCUUCGUUACACACAGUUACUGUCAAAUACAUGAAAGAAUUCACACUGGGGAGAAGCCCUAUGUAUGUAAACAGUGUGGGAAAGGUUUUGCUUCUAGCGUUUCAUUUGGCAGACAUAAAAGAACUCACACUGGUCAGAAACCAUUUGUAUGUAAGCAAUGUGGGAAAGCGUUCAGUUUACCUAGGUAUUAUCGAAUACAUGAAAGAAGUCACACUGGGGAAAAACCGUAUGUAUGUAAGCAAUGUGGGAAGGCAUUCAGCAAUAAUAGUUCUCUUUGUAGACAUAAAAGAAUUCAUAAGAGAGAAAAGCCAUCUGUAUGUAAGCAGUGUGGGAAAGCUUUCAAUUCACAUACUCACUGUCAAAUACAUGAAAGAAGUCACACUGGGGAUAAACCCUAUGUAUGUAGAGAAUGUGGGAAAGCCUUCACUACACACAGAUAUUGUCAAAGACAUGAAAGAACUCACAAUGGGGAGAAGCCCUAUGUAUGUAAGCAAUGUGGAAAAGCAUUCAGAAGACAUGGUCGAUAUCAAAUACAUGAAAGAAUUCACACUGGGGAGAAACCUUAUGUAUGUAAACAGUGUGGGAAAGCAUUCAGUGCACAUGAUUAUUGUCAGAUGCAUGAAAAAACUCAUACUAGGGAGAAACCCUAUGCAUGCAAGCAAUGUGGGAAACGAUUCAGUACACACCAAUAUUGUCAAAGACAUGAAAGAAGUCACACUAGUGAGAAACCCUAUGUAUGUAAGCAAUGUGGGAAUGCAUUCAGAAGACACAGUCAAUAUCAAAUACAUGAAAGAAUUCACACUGGGGAGAAACCCUAUGUAUAUAAGUAAGCCUAUCUUGAAAAUCCUGUGACAGUUUCUCAUGUAGUGGAGAACAGUACAAAUAAGUAAUAUGAGAAGUCUGAUGUCAAUUAUUUCCUCAAACUUUCCAGAAAAUACAUUCCCAGGUAGAGAUAUCCUAAAGUAUAAAUAUAAUGUGUUUUUCAGUAAAUCACUUGUAAAUCUCUGGAUUAAGUAUCUGUAGUGUUCACUUUUAAAAUAUUAAUUUGACGUGAUUCUUUAAAAAAAGAAUCUGCCUCAGUCACAAAGAUUUCCUCUAAUGUUUUCUUGUAGAAAUUUUAGAAUUUUAUAAAGGUUUGUGAUCCAUUUGACUUAAUUUUUUAUUAGGAGUAGAGAAUUGCUCAAAAUGUAUGGUUUUGUCUGAAUAUACAGUUCCAGCAUUAUUUGUUGACAAAGGAUAUCCUUUCUCCAUUAUUUUACAUUUUUGUAAAACAAAAAAAAUCAGUUAUAGACAAUGUUCCUAUGGUUCUUUUCUGGACCCUGUUCUAUUCCAUUGAUCUUUGUGGCUAUGCUGAAAUUUGAGAUUAUGUUGAGCCUGUUUGUCAGUUAGAAUUGUCUCAACAACAUUAUAUCUUUCCGUUUAUUUAGGUCUUUGAUUUCUUAAACCAAUGUUUUCUAGUUUUUGGUAUACUGUAAACUUAGAUUUAUACAUAAUAAAUAGUUUUCUUUUUGCCAUUAUUAUAAAUAGUCCUGUUUGGUUUUAAUUUUUAAUCCCUGUUGUUUAUUGCUAAUACUAUAGAAAUAUUUUCAAUUGAGCUUUAGCUCAUGGCUUACUAAACUCAUUUAUUAGCUCUAGGAGAUUUUUUUUUAUAAUUUGUUAGGAUUUUCUACUUAGAUGAUCAUGUUGUCUA